GUUGGGAGCGAAGGUGGUGCAGAGGAAGGUGCGGGGAGAUGGGAUUGGGGACAAAGGUCUGAGAUGCCCUUGGCGAGGUGCUCAGGUAAUCUGGAGACUGCCUGCGUCAGAGCAGAGGCCGAAAGAGCAGCAGACACGUGGGUCUGUCCAGGGACCAUGUACGUAUUUACGUACGGUUUGCAUGUAACCUCUGCCCUGAACUUCAGUUUAUAAUCUCUCCCUGGGAACAUUCAGAUUUGUCUUCUACUACUGUUCUUUCUGGCUUUUGCUGUUGUCUUCGCCUCCCCACCCCUGUCCCAUGUCCCCCCAGAUGGCUCUCAGGCAGAGGAAAAUGGGAACAGAGUCAGCCUUCCUGGUCUGGCUGGGGGUCUCUGUGGGGUGAGCCCAGAGGGCUGGGCCACUCUCAACACCACUGCCUGUAGCACGGCCCAGACCCCCGCUGCUCCCCAGCGCCACCCCUCAUCUGUGGAUAGGGCACCUUCCUACCUGGUGCACAGUGCUUACCACUUAGCAGGUGCUCAGCUAAUCUAAGGAUAAAAGUUAGAGACCAAAGCGGAUGUUGGGAAACAGGCAUUCCCAGAACAGGCUCCUUCAGGCCUGGUUUUUGUACCCAAGAAGCGCGAGGCAGAUGAAGAGACAUCCCCUGGGGGUCCCGGGGAGGGGAAGAAUUGAUUCCCACUCUGUGGCGAGAGAAGGCGUUUCUUUUUCUUCUUGGCCUUGCAGGAGGAUGAGAGGAGCAGAAAGGAAGGGCCAGGCCUUCUGUGAUUUUGUUUUUCAGAUUGAGAAUCUGUUAUUAGCAAUUUAUGACACCCAGGUCUCCAGCCAAGCACAUUCUGUUCUCCAGCAUCGGGGGGAUCUUCAGGGCCACGGCGUGAGGCUGGACAGGAAAGAGGGGCAGGUCAACAAUUUAUCUGUGUGGCGUCCUGGCCUGUGCUGGGGGGUGGCUUCAGCAUGGGGCCAACUCGAGCCCAGUCCUGCGUGGGGAGAAGCCCUUCCGGACGGCAUGGCAGCCCCACGGGGCCCACGUGGCUCUUGGAAGUGGGGCGGGUGGGCUCCCCUCCCGCACACAUGCUCACUGGGCCUCGGGCUCCAGAUUUCUCUGGGACUUGGGGUCAGCUGUGACGCUCAGAGCAGAGCCACAGUUGAGUUUCUCGAGAGGUGUUUGAGAUGACACGGGCCCCAAAAGGAAAACAGGAGGAGAGAGGACCCCGGAAGAGGGGGAGUGGGCACGAUGACCUGUGGAAAGAGGGGGUCCCGGAAGACGAUGUGGAGGGCAGGAGCAGCACCGGCGGCGCCUUCUCCCCCAGUCUGGCCUCUACGCCCCCCUGGACUCAACACUGGUCCCCAUUCCUGGAAGCAAGUCCCCUUCCUCCCCCCAUACACGAUGUCCAUGAGGAGCCCGGGCUCUGCCCAGCUGGCCCCGGAUGGCGUUGGCACCAUGGUGAACUGUACCGUCAAGUCGGAAGGGAAGAAGGAGCCCUGCCAUGAGGCCCUCCAGGGCUCGGCUGCCGCAGCUGAACCCCAGCCCGGAGACCCAGCCCGGGCUCCCCAGGAUGCUGUUGACUCCCAAGCUCCAGCCCAGGACUGCAGCUCCCCUGAGAGCAAUGGGUCCCCGGAACCCAAGAGACCGGGAGCUUCUGAGGCUGCCUCUGGAAGCCAGGAGAAGCUGGACUUCAACCAACAUUUAAAAGAAGUUGUGCCCGCCAUCGAGAAGCUACUGUCCAGUGACUGGAAGGAGAGGUUUCUGGGAAGGAGCUCUGUGGAAACCAAAGAUGUCAAAGGGACCCAGGAGAGCCUGGCCGAGAAGGAGCUCCAGCUUCUGGUCAUGAUCCACCAGCUGUCCACGCUGCGGGACCAGCUCCUGACGGCGCACUCCGAGCAGAAGAACAUGGCCGCCAUGCUGUUCGAGAAGCAGCAGCAGCAGAUGGAGCUGGCCCGGCAGCAGCAGGAGCAGAUCGCCAAGCAGCAGCAGCAGCUGAUUCAGCAGCAACAUAAGAUCAACCUCCUCCAGCAGCAGAUCCAGCAGGUCAACAUGCCUUAUGUCAUGAUCCCGGCCUUCCCCCCGAGCCACCAGCCCCUGCCUGUCACUCCUGAGUCCCAGCUGGCCUUGCCUAUUCAGCCCAUCCCUUGCAAACCAGUGGAUUAUCCCCUGCCGCUGCUGCACACGCCCCCUGCCCCCGUGGUGAAGAGGCCCGGGGCCAUGGCUGCCCACCACCCCCUGCAGGAACCCUCCCAGCCCCUGAACCUCACGGCCAAACCCAAGGCCCCCGAGCUGCCCAAUGCCUCCAGCUCCCCAAGCCUGAAGAUGAACAAUUGCGGACCCCGCCCCCCCAGCCAUGGGGCCCCCACGCGGGACCUGCAGACCAGCCCGCCCAGCCUGCCACUGGGCUUCCUCGGUGAAGGGGACGCUGUCACCAAAGCCAUUCAGGACGCUCGACAGCUGCUGCAUGGCCACAGUGGGGCGUUAGAGAGCUCUCCCAAUGCUCCCUUCCGCAAGGACCUCAUCAGCCUGGACACGUCCCCGACCAAGGAGCGGCUGGAGGAGAGUUGCGUGCACCCCCUCGAGGAAGCCAUGUUGGGCUGCGACAUGGACGGCUCCCGCCACUUUCCCGAGUCCCGCAACAGCAGCCACAUCAAGAGGCCCAUGAACGCCUUCAUGGUGUGGGCCAAGGAUGAGCGAAGGAAGAUCCUCCAAGCCUUCCCAGACAUGCACAACUCUAGCAUCAGCAAGAUCCUUGGCUCCCGCUGGAAGUCCAUGACCAACCAGGAGAAGCAGCCGUACUAUGAGGAGCAGGCGAGGCUGAGCCGCCAGCACCUGGAAAAGUACCCUGACUACAAGUACAAGCCGCGGCCCAAGCGCACGUGCAUCGUGGAGGGCAAGCGGCUCCGGGUGGGCGAGUACAAGGCCCUGAUGAGGACACGGCGCCAGGACGCCCGCCAGAGCUACGUGACUCCCCCCCAGGCCAGCCAGCUGCAGAUGAGCUCCCCCGACGUCCUGUACCCGCGGGUGGCAGGCGUGCCCCUGGCUCAGCCUCUGGUGGAGCACUACGUGCCCCGGAGCUUGGACCCCAACAUGCCUGUCAUCGUCAACACCUGCAGCCUCAGGGAGGAGGGUGAGGCCACGGAAGACAGGCACUCGGUGGCGGAGGGCGAGCUGUACCGGUACAGUGAGGACGAGGACUCGGAGGGCGAGGAGAAGAGCGACGGGGAGCUGGUGGUGCUCACAGACUGAUCCUAGCGGGAUGGGUGGGCCUGGCCUCCUCCCCCCAGGAAGACCUGGCCCUCAGCGCAUGGGUGCAGCCAGCCGGCCUGGACUCUGUUGGUACUUGGACUUGGGCCUGCGAGGGAGAG